GGCUGGUAGUCUUGCCCUCGGGCCAGUUCCGGGGAGAAGCCUCGGGGUUACGCGGAAGCGAUUUUAGCUGGAAGAGCUGCUGUUUGUCUGAUUCCUUCCCCUUCGGUGGCGGCUUCGCUUGCAGCCAGUCCUGCGGGAGUUUCUCCCAAUCCAGACCCCUGCAGGGUCGAUCCGUCUCUUCCGGUCGGGAGUGGGGACGUAGUGGGCCGGAUCCAGCCGCUUUUCUCUCCUUCCACCUUGGAAGCCCUGAGCUGGCCCGACGUCUGUAAGUUUCCUACCCGAACCACUGCCAUGUAACGUUCCAGCGGGUCGUGUUGAUCCUGUGGGAUGCCCCCCCGCAUGGCCCUGGAAGGGCGGAGAGGUCGGGAGAGCUGAACGCCCGGAGUGUCUUCUAGGUGGCCCCACCUCCCUCGGUGAAGACUCUACAGGCAUGUCUGCGGGCGACGAGGGCAGUUCAGUUCCCGCACCCAGGUUUAGGUCCGAUCAAAGGAAGCUGUUACACCUGCUCUUGGAGAGAAACUCCUCUUUUACCGUCCGUUCAGAUGUCCCUCAGUCUCCGGGAGACAGACUCCUCGACUCCGCAAACCUAAGCGUAUUGUCUGGAGGAACACCAAAACGUUGCCUUGACCUUUCGAAUCUUAGCAAUGGAGAGAUGUCUGCGUCUCAGCUGGCUACUUCUGCUGACUUUGAGGAAACUGAUUCCUUGGAUUCCUCAGGACCUCAGGAUAUACAGUUCAAUGGGAUGAAUCAUCAUCAGGACCUUAUGAAAGGCCUCCCAGUACAGCUUCUUUGCAGUACUCCAAACGCUUUGGAUCAUGGCCACAGAAAGAAGUACGCAAAGUGUAGCAUAUCUGGAAAUAAAGAAAAUAUAAACACCAGUUUAAAGGCAUUGGAAUGGGAGGGACCUAGGACCCCGAAGUUUAAAAAAAUGCCUGGAGAUCCUCUGGCUUCUCCCCUCUGUGUGCUGGAAAAUGGAAUCUUGGUGGAGAGCAAAAUGAAGUGUCUGGGCAGUCCCAUCACUACAGUUCUAAAACUCAGUAAAAAUCAAAAGCUAGAAGACCAAGGAAGGAUUUCAGAAGACCCAAUGGAGUUCUCUCUAGAAGACCAAGACACCAAGGACUUAAGUCUAAAGAAGCCUGUCCCUCUUUGUAACAUUGAUGCCAUUCAAAUGGAGGAGGAAGAUUCUGAGCAAGAGCAUCUGAUUGGUGAUUUCUCCAAGCUGGCUGCGCUGCUGUCUGGAAAGUUCCAGAGUCUGAUAGAGAGGUUUUACAUCGUUGACUGCCGCUAUCCCUAUGAGUACCUGGGAGGACACGUCCUGGGAGCCUUAAACUUGUACAGUCAGAAGGAACUGCAUGAGUUCUUUCUGAAGAAGCCUGUUGUUCCUCUGGACAUCCAGAAAAGAGUCAUCAUUGUGUUCCUCUGUGAAUUCUCCUCAGAGAGAGGGCCCCGAAUGUGCCGUGCUCUGAGAGAAAAAGACAGAGCUCUGAACCAGUAUCCGACAUUAUACUACCCCGAGCUGUAUAUCCUCAAAGGGGGAUACAGAGAUUUCUUUCCAGAAUAUAUGGAACUGUGUGAUCCGCAGAACUACUGUCCUAUGCAUCACCAAGACCACCAGGCUGAGCUGCUGAGAUGGCGGAGCCAGAGCAGAGCCCAGGAAGGGGAGCGGCAGCUGCAGGAGCACAUUGCCCUUCUGGUGAAGGAUGUGAGCCCAUGAUAGUGGGAAUGACAGUGAAGCCACUGGAGACCCUAAGAGAGUCAUCUUCCAUGCUGCCAACCCCAUGAUUGUUAAAAAGUAUCUGCAAAUGCUGGACAUAGUCAGGCAUGUACAAACGCCUUUACUUCCAGCACCCAGGAGGCAAAGGCAAGAGGAUCUCUGUGAGUUUGAAACCAGCCUGAGCUACAUGUGACCCUGUCUCAAAAACAAACAACAGAGCAAACAAAACAAAACCCCUUCAACAAAAGCCUCCAGAUUGUCUAAAGGCCAACAGGGCGCCGUAGUGAUGAAGUGCUACCCCUGAGGUCUGGCUUUGUUUCCGGGGAGCUGUGGGCUGGGUUCUGGAUGGUGAGCAGAGAUAUUGGUGCUGCUUCAGAGAGUUCCCUUUCCAGUCUCUCAUACCUUACCGUAAGCCAGACGGCUCCUCUGCAUAGGUCUGGCUUUUUUUUUUUUUCUCCUUCCAUUGCUUCCCAUCCUCUACUCAAAUGGGAAAGUGUCAUUAUGAACCCAGUCUCUUAGAAGAUCUACAUAAGGAGAUUAGUCAUGAGAUGAGGCUCCUUUAAGGGGCUUCUUAUUCAGAAGAACCCUGAAUCUGAGCUUUUGCACCAUAAACAAAGAAUAUAGUCAGGGAGAUGGCUCAGUGGGUAAAAUACUGCUACAUAAGCCUGAGUUCCAAACCCAGGAAGCUGCAUAGAGCUGGGAACUGUUCUGUGCAUCUGUAACCUAGUGCCUUUACCAUGAGAUGGAGGUAGAGACAGAAGCCCAGGAAACUCUUAGGCCUGCUAACUCGGCGUGCACAUGAAUGACAGAAAAACUCUGACUUGAAGAUAAAGGCCAACACCCAAGGUUAUCCAUCCCCUGAGCUCCUCACACAGGUGCACACUCUAGGCUUUGAGACCUAAAGAUAUAUGCCAACAUUCUUUUUUUUAGUGCUCAAGUUUAGAGCCUGGACCUGGAAUCUGUUUGAAAUUUAAAAAAAAAAAAAAAAAAAAAAUCAUGGGGCUGGAGAGAUGGCUCAGAGGUUAAGAGCACUGGUUGCUCUUCCAGAGGUCCUGAGUUCAAUUCCCGGCAACCACAUGAUGGCUCACAACCAUCUACAAUGAGAUUUGGUGCCCUCUUCUGGCUUGCACACAUACAUUCAGGCAGAAUACUGUAUACAUAAUAAAUCUUUAAAAAAAAAAUCAUGGUGCUUCAGCAGCUCAUCCACUAAAAGUGGAACAAAAGCAUGACCCCUGCAAGGAGGGCAGAGUUGGGAAGCAUUGUGUGUGUGUUUAAUUAAUGGCUCACUUCAGAUUUUAUUCUUCCAUUAUAAGAAUAAAAGUCUAAGUUGUAAAACUUU